CACUCCUACUUGAAUAGCUUCGCAGAUGCUGUUCGAAAUCUGUUGGUGGAUGUGCCUAAGGAUCAUACCCGUGAUAGGUUGGCCGCCACUGCGAUUAAGUUCUUAACUGCAGUGAAUACCAGUGUCCACCAUGCUUUCUUCAGAAACGAUGAUGUGAUACGACCGAUUUCUAAAAACAUUGUGAUCCCCGAAUGUUCGUUUAAGGAAGGAUGAGUGGAUGACGAAGAUCUUUUUGAUAUGAAUUUUAUAGAGCAUGUCAGGAGAGAUGUGGAGGGUAGCGAUCUCGACACAAGAAGGAGGAUUGCGUGUGAAUUGCUGAAAGGGUUUGCAAUGAAUUACACGGGGCAGGUAACAGCUAUAGUUUCUGCUCAUGCUGCUAAUCCAACGGUGAAUUGGAAAAACAAGCACUGUGCAAUGUAUCUAAUUGUGUUUCUAGCGAGCAAGAAAUCUAGGGGGGGUCGAUGUUUUAGCUGAUGACAUAGUUAAUGGUGAAAACUUCUUUGUCUCAGAAAUAAUUCCUGAGUUACAGAGCCAGGAUAUUAAUCCAUAUCCACUGCUCAAAGCUGGUGCCCUUAAGUUCUUCAGAGUGUUUAGAAAUUAGUUACCAAAGCAUCUCGCGAUUCAGUUGCUCCCAGAUUUGGCUCGGUUCCUUGGGACAAAGUCGAAUGUAGUUCACUCUUUUGCUGCCUGUUGUACAGAGAAACUACUACGGUCAAGGAUGAUGGAGCCCGGGCAAGGUAUACUGUAGCUGAUUUGUGUCCAUUCAUUCUAGUGCUGAUGAAUAACCUUUUUAAUGCACUGAAGGUUUAAUAGUCUGAAGAGAAUCAGUAUAUCAUGAAAUGUAUCAUGAUAGUGAUUGGUGUGGUAGAAGUGUAUCAAGUUUGUGAAAAUCCCAAAAACCCCAUCUUCAACCACUAUCUCUUUGAGUCAGUAGCCGUUCUUGUGAGGCGAGCAUGUAACCGGGACAUCUCUCUCGUACCAGCUUUUGAAGCAAGAUUAUUCCCGAGCCUUGAAAUGAUCUUGACCAAGAAUGUGGUUGAAUUCUUUCCUUAUGCUUUUCAACUCUUGGCCCAGCUGGUUGAGUUGAAUCAGCCUCCUAUUUCUCCUGGUUACAUGCAGGUCUUUAUGCUCCUUCUCACUCCUGAACUAUAGAAUACAGAUUCAAAUUUUCCUGCCCUUGUGCGUCUACUUCAGUCUUUCCUCCUGAAAGCACCACAUGAGCUUAACCAAGAAGGGAGGCUGAGCCAGGUGCUUGGAAUUUUCGAGCGGCUUGUAUCAUCUCCUAGUACCGAGGAAUGAGGCUACCAUCUUCUAAAUACUGUUAUUGAGAAUCUUGACUUUGCCAUUAUCUCUCCAUACAUGGUUCACAUCUGGGCUGCCCUAUUCACCUGCCUGCAGAAGAAGAAGACGGUAGAGUUUACCAAGUCUCUCGUGAUCUUCAUGUCGUCGUUUCUGAUCAAGCAUGGUCCUGCAAACCUCAUUGACUCGAGAAUUCAGUUCAAGCUGGCAUAUUCGCUAUUAUUCUGAACAAGUUCUAGAUUCCGAAACUCAAGUUGAUUACCAGGCACAUUGAGGUCAAGUUAGUCGCUGUUGCAUCGUGCAGACUCAUCUGCGAAUCUCCUGUUCUCAUGGAUCCAGCAGCUGCUUGCCCUUGGGGCAAAAUGCUGGACAGCAUUGUCGCACUUCUCUUCAAGCCAGAGGAGCGCAGAAGGUGGCCUAUGCUGCAGCGUCUGUCAAUCUUUACAAUGCUGGGAAGGAGGAUGAUCCUCUGAAGUACAUGAAAGGAACCCAAACAAUUCUUGACGGCUUCACUGUCGAGGCCUUCGGCCAUUUCCCCUGGAAGGUUCCUGCAGAUAAUCAAUCAGAACCUCGAUUCGGCAAAUCAGAAUGCAAUGCAGUGAUGCAACAACUCUCCAGUUGUUUGACAUGGUAUGCAGAGACACAUACAGGUUUGAUAUAUUCUUGGCAGAAAAAUGUUCCCUUGUAUUUUUUAUUAGGGGAUCGUAUCCUUCGUUUUUGUGUCGUUUCAAAUUUGUGUUAUGACGACAAUUUUAGAGUUCACAUUCGAAGUACCUUACUCUAUAAGUUCGAAAAAGCGAGCAAUCCAAAUUUUAUUUCGACUUAUGUUAUUGUACAUUAGUUGUUGACCGAUUCCUUUUGAAAUAAUGAGAAAGAAAAUUGUGCUGAGCUAACCAUUUCUUUUUUCUGUGUUUCUCCAGACGCCAGCCAUUUUUGGAAUAAAAAUGUAGAUACGAAGAAUAUGAAAAGGAUUAGAGAGAGAGGGGGUAGGGACAACUACUACUACGGUGGCCAUGUGCCCACCGCCAGCGGGAUUGACAGGGCAGGGGUUUCCUCUUGACGUCAACAACGGCGACAUCAAUGAAUGUUCGGUAUGUGUAAUUCUUGCUUCAAAUUUUGUGACGAAAAUGCAGGUUACAAUGUUCAUAUUUUCACACUUAUAUUUCGAGUUAACGCAAAAAUGCUCUAAUUGAAGUAUUCAGAUAAGGCAUCAAAUGAUUUUCGUACUAACCUUAGACACUCUUGAGAUCCUUUUUUUCAAAUCAUCUCCUUCCAUCUCGAAUUAUCGAAUCACGAGAUAAAUAAAUUGACACAUCGAAUUAGGUACAAAGUUGUAAAUACUAAACUAAACAUCGGAGUUGAGAAAUAUUGCCGGGGAGCAAGCAGCUGUCAGUGGCAACUUCCCCCUUCCCCGCCAUUCUCGGCGCAUUUGCAGAUUGCAAUUGCCGCGUUAAAGCGGGACCCGCCCGGCCGCAGGAUUGUUGGUCCCCAGCGCAGCAUUUAGCAGCAGCAACCAGAGAGUACCAGGCCAGACCCCCAUUUCGCUUCCACCAAAUUGCUUCUUCUCUGUUUCUGCAACAGAAAAGGAAAAAUGGAAGAAUAAAAGCUUCCUCCCGGCAGCUUAAUUCUACUCCGAAACUAUUCCUACCUGCAUUAAUAAAUAAAAUCCCCAAGUUGGAAAAGCCAUCCAUUUCUCCGCCACAAAGUUCCAAUCUUGGCAAAGAUUUUCACAAACCCACAUGCCCCAGCGACCGCUUUUCCCUUGGUUGUGUGGCUCUUUUUAUAUGUUUUCCUAUUCUUGCUCUGGAGCUGUGUGGGGACUUAUUAUUUUCCAGUUUCUCCAUUUGGGCUGAGGUAAAAUGACAGGCUGAUCACCAGCCUGGACAGUGCUGUUUGUCGUUAAGCUGCUGUGAUGGUUGCCCACUCGCUCACUACAUAUGCAUUUAACGGCUUCCUCCCCACCUGGGUUUUUCGGUUUUCUCUUUCUCCCCCCCUCCUUCCCUUCCCCUUCUUUCCCCCAAUUCGAAAUGCCCACCAGGUGUUCGAUCUUUUGACUCAGAGAAGCUUCAAUUCCCCUAUCUCUCCGGCAGCUUCUUCACAUUUCUGCCCCCUCUUCGAGGUAAGGGGUCUGCAUACUCUGGCAGCAGGGGUCUUUCCUCUCUCAUACCAUUUCUAGAUUAUUUGUUGCAGUCUCCUGCAGAGGUAUUUUGAGUUCUGUAGUUGGAGUCUAAUUUUGGGGCAGGAUUGUGAGGAGGUCUCCAAUUUUUUAGCUUAGAGAAAUUUAGGCUUUCUUUUGGGAUUUGUGUGUGUUUACUGGUGGGAAUGGUGAAGAUGAAGCUAGAAGCUUCGUUUUCGAUACUGCUUGUAAUUGUUUUGGUGGAGUUCAUUGGUCAGAAUGGAUCACUGGCCGCCUUCACUCCACCUGAUAACUACCUGAUUGCUUGUGGUUCAACCAAAGAUGUCACUUUCCAAGGCAGAACUUUUGUUCCUGAUUCUGAGCAUCCCUCUCUCUCAUUAAAGACUGCAACUUCCAGUGGUAGUAAUGUUACUACCUCAAAUGCAAGCUUCCCAUCUCCGAUCUACCAGUCUGCUCGUAUCUUCUCCAGCGUUGCUACUUACAGCUUCGACAUUCAGCAACAGGGUCGGCAUUGGAUCCGCCUUUACUUCUACCCCAUUCCGGGCUCUGCCCAGAACUUGACGUCUGCAUCCAUCUCCGUCGUCACAAAGGACUAUGUGCUCUUGCACAAUUUUGCAUUCAAGAACUACAACGGCACUUACAUGUUCAAGGAGUAUUCAGUCAAUGUGACUUCAGACACUUUGGCCCUUUCUUUCAUUCCUUCAAACAACUCGGUGGCCUUUGUCAACGCCAUUGAAGUUGUUUCUAUCCCUGAUGCAGUUCUCCCUGACCAAGCUUGGACUCUCAACCCCUCCACCUCUGUUGAUGGCCUUUCUGAUCUGGCUUAUGAAACCGUUUACCGGUUGAACAUGGGCGGACCGUUGAUCACCUCUGAAAACGACACUCUGGGGAGAGUGUGGGAGAAUGAUGCUGAGUAUCGUCAUGUCAACAACUCUGCUGUGGAUGUUUCGACCAAUCCUUCAUCCAUAAGGUACCCUGCUGCACUUAAACCAGAGACAGCUCCAAACAUGGUCUAUGCCACUGCUGUUGCCAUGGGAGAUCCGAGUGUCACGAAUGCGAACUUCAACAUGACUUGGGUUCUUCCAGUCAACCCAAACUUCAGGUACUUGGUUCGAGUCCAUUUCUGUGACAUCAUCAGCAGAGCUCUGAACACUCUAGUGUUCAACCUUUAUGUAAAUGAUGAUCUCGCCCAAGGCCUCGAUCUCUCAACGAUCACUGGUGGGUUGGGUGUACCAUACUACCGUGACUUUGUCUCCAACUCAUCGACAGAGUCACCCGAUACAUUGAUGGUCAGUGUUGGUCCUGAUACAACGGCAGACAUCACCAACGCAACCAUGAACGGGCUGGAGAUAUUGAAGAUCAGCAACGAUGUCAAAAGCUUGGAUGGGGUUUCCUCAGUGGAGAGUCUCACUCCACAAUCCCAUUCAAGGAGCCAUAAUGUAGGAAUCAUAAUCGGUUCCACAUUUGGAGCUAUAGCUGCAUUCGUCAUACUCGGUCUCUGCUGCAUCUGCAGGAGAGCUGGCAAGAAGGCCCCUCAUCAGCAGCAGGGGGGACAUUCAUGGCUGCCUUUACCCUUAUACAGCAUCUCCCAGACCAUUUCAAAAAUGUCCACAACUUCACACAAGAGUGCCACAGCCAGCUGCAUCUCACUGGCUUCCACAAACCUCGGCCGAUUCUUCUCAUUCCAGGAAAUCAUGGAGUCGACCAACAAGUUCGACGAGAGCCUCCUUCUCGGGGUUGGAGGGUUCGGGAGAGUCUACAAAGGAACCUUAGAAGAUGGCACUAAUGUUGCAGUCAAGAGAGGAAACCCAAGAUCAGAGCAAGGAAUCACAGAAUUCAGAACCGAGAUCGAAAUGCUGUCCAAGCUCAGACAUCGACACUUGGUCUCUCUCAUCGGCUACUGCGACGAGCGCUCUGAAAUGAUCCUCGUCUACGAGUACAUGGCCAAUGGUCCGCUGAGAAGCCAUUUGUACGGUGCAAACUUGCCAUCCUUGUCCUGGAAGCAACGGCUUGAAAUCUGCAUCGGAGCCGCCAGAGGGCUGCACUAUCUCCACACAGGCGCAACUCAGAGCAUCAUUCACAGAGACGUCAAGACGACCAACAUCCUCCUCGACGAGAGCUUCGUGGCCAAAGUCGCCGACUUCGGGCUGUCGAAAACCGGGCCGGCCAUCGACCAGACCCACGUCAGCACCGCCGUGAAGGGCAGCUUCGGCUACCUCGACCCCGAGUACUUCAGAAGGCAGCAGCUGACCGAGAAAUCCGACGUCUACUCCUUCGGCGUGGUCCUAAUGGAAGUGCUCUGCACUCGGCCGGCUCUGAACCCUGUUCUCCCGAGGGAUCAAGUGAACAUAGCAGAGUGGGCGAUGACAUGGCAGAAGAAGGGAAUGCUGGCCCAGAUCAUGGACAAGAACCUCGCCGGGAAAGUAAACCCGGCGUCGCUGAAGAAGUUCGGCGAGACGGCGGAGAAGUGUCUGGCCGAGUACGGUGUCGAUCGACCGUCGAUGGGGGACGUGCUGUGGAACCUCGAGUACGCGCUGCAGCUGGAGGAGACUUCGUUGGCCGCGGCGCUGACUGAGGCCGACGACAACAGCACGAAUCACAUACCGGGGAUCGCCUUGACGCCGGUGGAACAGUUCGAUAACAGCGUGAGCAUGAUGGUCGAUGGAGGCGGGAAUUCGGGGACGGACGACGACGGCGAAGGUGCCACGACCAGUGCUGUGUUCUCGCAGCUGGUUAAUCCACGGGGGAGAUAGGUACAUUACAGACUUACAGUGAUUGAUUCGAGAUUUGUUGUGUUGUUAAGUGUAUUUUGCUUCUGUUACAUUUUUUUUUUUUUUUUUGUUUCUUCUUACUUACAUGACGGAAUUGGAGGUGGUAUAGGUUGGUUACUUGUUAAAGGGUCUGUGACAAUAGAUGAGGAGGGUGGUGGUUAAUUGUUCCGUGGCUAUAUGGUUGAAGAAAAGUGUAUCAUAGAGAAUGAUUUUUGUGAUUGUCGCUUAGCAGAACAGGGUUUGGGUGGCUGUCAGCUCCAUGUUACUCUUGUCUGACGACAUUAGUGCCAGACAUUUCAGUGCAAAUAAGACAAUUGUUCAUACUUUCUCAUCGGCUUUGAUUCGAGAGCAAAUGUAUGUACAAUAACAUUUGCCCAUGUUUUAUCUAUUCUCUUAUACCAAGUCAAAAUUGCUCAGUGAGGCGCUGGCAUGUACAUGUGGUAGGUGGAUUUUGAUUCCCCUCUCCUAAACUCUCGCCAAGAUGGAAGGAAAACAGAUUGAGCAAAAAAGUCAAGAGAGGGAGGGGUUAAUUGCAUGUUUGGUCAUUGAGAUUAUAAAAAAUGUUCCUGUUUGGUCACUGAAAAUAUUUAAAUUCAAUUUUGGUCACAUAAAUUAGUUAAAUGGUUCAAGUUUGGUCACUCUUCGUCCAUUUCUGUUAACUCUACCUUACGUGAUAGUCAACUUUCAUAGUUGACCGUUAAAAACGUGACGUGGCAAUUAAAAAAAUAUUAAAAAAAAUAUAUCUUUUAUAUUUUUCACCUCAUUAUUACAUUCAUUAAACAAAAAUCUAAUAAUUCUUCUAUAGCUAAAAGCCAAGUUUUUUGGCUAGGAAGACACUAGGUGUUGACAUCAGUCCAAACACCCAGAAAUACCCAUACUACUUUUCCAUCUAUUACAAGUUUGCCAUUCGUGUUCCACAUUACCCUGAAAAUUGUGAUCGCGCUUUUUUUUUUUGUCUCCUCUGCCUGCGGCCACCGCAAUAGCUAAUGCCUUCUCCGUAUCUGAGCUCAGUAAAGUGGAUUCGGCUUGAAAAAUAGAAAAUGAAUAGAAAUCAUCACUUGUCUUUUAUAAAAGAUCAACUGUCGCCACGUCUGUCCGAAGCCACCGCUGCCUUCCGGGUUCAUUCCGCUGCCGUCCUCCUGUCUGCACCUCUGACUGUGCAACUCGCCGUCAUUGAUUCUCUUGAUCUCUUUCCCUCGCUCCUGGAUCCGGCUGACUGUCGUCCUCUUGUCUGCGCCCUCCUCCCUUAGACCCUCAAUAACGUGGUAGAUCUCCUCUCCUGGUUAUCGAUUUGGAGAGAGGCCAUUCAACCACAACUUUUCCUGCUUCUAUUUCACGUCGGAGACCAGCAGAUCUGCAACCAUGGAAUCUCCAACAAAAAAUCAAAUACAUGUCAUUCAUCAAUGCUAUGAUAGGAGUGACGAGAAGAACAAGGAACCUUGAAGCUUCCGUGGGAUGGUGGCUGGAGUUACGAUUCAAAAUUAGGGAGUUUUUUUGCGGCAGAGGAGCGCGAUUAUGUGGUAGCGACGGUGGAGAUAUUUUGGGGAAGAGAGGAAAUUUCUUCUAUUCCAGCAAAGGUUGCCUUCGCUGUAGUCAAUUUCUUCAACAUCGGUCGAUGUUGUUGGAUGUUUCCCGCUUGCAUUGUCUAUCGCUAUAGGUAGUGCGGAGGAGGAUUAGAAGCAUCCAGAUGUGGCGGCGGUUGAAAUGAUAGCCGGACGCCAGAGAGGAGUAUCGCAAGCUGUGGCGAAAUGAGGGAAUGUCACUGCCGGGCCGGAGUUGGGUUAUGGUGGUGGUGAAGUUGGGUCGGGUAGGGUAGGGGUUGUGUAAGAAAAGAAAUUAGGAUUUUUUUAAUGAAUGUAAUAAUGAGGU